AUGGCAUCUGUUGAAUAUUAUAUUUUUCAAUGGGUUUCCAUUAUUGUUUUAGUCAGUAUUUCUGGUCUUUUUGCCGGUUUAACUUUAGGUAUUAUGUCCUUAGAUAUCACUGGUUUAGAGAUUAUUAUAGCUAGUGGUACUCCUAAAGAAAGUAAAUAUGCAAAAAUUAUUUAUCCGGUUAGACAAAGAGGUAAUUUGUUAUUGUGUACGCUCCUGUUGGGUAAUGUCGGUGUAAAUGCUCUUUUAUCAAUUUUCUUAGCAGAUUUAACAUCUGGUUUUGUUGGUUUCAUUUUAUCCACUGUAAUUAUUGUUAUUGCUGGUGAAAUUAUUCCUCAAGCAGCCUGUUCUCGUUAUGGUUUAGCAGUUGGUGCUCACACUAUUUAUAUUGUCUAUCUCUUUAUUUUCCUCUUUUUCCCAUUUGCUUAUCCAAUUAGUAAAACUUUAGAUUGGAUUUUAGGUAAUGAAAUGGGUACUAUUUAUUCAAGACAACAAUUAAAAAAAUUAUUAGAUAUUCAUUCAGCACAUGCAAAUGAAAGUGGUGUAUCACGUAGUGAUGUUACAAUGUUAACAGGUGUUUUAGAUUUUGCACAUAAAAAAGUUUCCCAAGUUAUGACUCCAUUAGAUAAAGUUUACAGUGUCGAUAUUGACUCAAUUUUAGAUUAUAAUACAAUUACAUUAAUUUUAGAACGUGGUCACUCCAGAAUACCGGUUUUCGAAAAAACAAAAUCAAAUAUUACUGGUUGUCUUUAUAUUAAAGAUUUAGCCCUCAUCAAUCCUGCCGAUAAAGUACCACUUAGAACCAUUGUAAAUCUUUAUAAGAGACAGUUAGUUAAAACAUGGGAUGAUACAUCAUUAGAUCAAAUGUUAACAGAAUUCAAAACUGGUAGAUCCCACAUGGCUAUUGUUCACAAGGUAAACAACGAAGGCGAAGGUGAUCCAUUCUAUGAGAAUCUUGGUAUCAUUUGUUUAGAAGAUAUUAUCGAAGAAAUUCUUCAAGACGAAAUUUUAGAUGAAAAUGAUAUUUACCACGACUCUAGAAAGAAGAAUCAAGACCAUUCAUUCGAUUAUCGUACUAUUGGUUCAUUCCACGGUCCAAAGAAUGCUCUCUCCCAAUUAAGCACUCAACAAGUCAAAGCUCUUUAUGCCUAUCUCUCUGGUUCAAUUGAUGAAUUCUCAUCACGUUAUAUCUCUGAAACCGAGUUCAUUAAAAUGCUUUCAACCAAAGGUGCUAUUGUUUUAGACAUCGAGAAACCACUUUCAGAAGACAAGUUCAUUUACUCUAGAGGUGUUGUUAGUGACUUUUUCACCGUUAUUCUCUCUGGUAAAAUUGAAAUUCGUUCGGGUAGUGAAGGUUUCAUUAGCGAAGGUGGCCAAUUCUGUACUCUUGGUGUCGGUGCUUUACGUUCAGACAAUUUCAUGCCAGAUUUCACUGCUCGUGUACUCAGCAACAAUGUUCAAAUCUUAAAAAUCCCAAAGAAUGUAUAUGAUAUUUCUGUAAUUUCAACCGAUAAAGAAUACAAUACUAAAAUAUUUAAUAGAAAUAGAAUCGACUUAAAUACCUCACCACAACAAAACACUACUACAACCACUACCACUACCUCAACUCUUGAAAAAUCACAUAGUAGAGCAAUGAGUGGUGGUGGUGAAGGCAGCCAACCAAACUCAACAUCGUUAAAAGCCACACCUUACAAUUCAAUAUCACCGUCAAUCAACCCAUCGCUAUCAAAUAAUAAUAAAAAUAAUAGUAGUGGUAAUUUAAAUGGUUUAGGUGUUAAUGGUAAUAAUAACAGUGGUCACAAUGAUAACUCCGACAGUGAAGAUGACGAUGAUUAUGAUGAUGCCAUAAUAUCUCAAAAACCGAUUUUGUCAAACACCACUCCAAAAAACAACAAUUAUUUACACAACAUUAGGAAAUCAGAUUCAAAUGUUUAAUAAAAAUAUAUAUAAAUGAUAAAUUUUUUUUUUUUAAAUUAAAAAAAAAAAAAAAAAAAAAAAAUAUUAUCUUUCUUUUCUUU